AUGGAUUCCUUUGCUGCAAACCCAAAGAAAUCAUUCCACAUCCGUUCUAACAGUUUGCCCCAAAAGCCACAUCCAGUUUUGGAUCAAGUUGAUGAACAUCUCUGCAGAUUGAAGGCCUCUGAAGCCAUUUCUUCAUCUUCUUUGAGUCAAAAGCUUGAUGGCCUUCAUGAUUUGCAUGAUUCUAUUGAUAAGUUGCUCUGUUUGCCAUCCACCCAUCAAGCUCUUGUUGAUAAUAAAUCAGUUGAUGACUUGCUAGAAGGCUCUAUCAAGCUCUUGGAUGUGUGCUCUUUGGCUAAGGAUGUGCUAUCACAAAUGAAAGAAUGUGCACAUGAACUUGAGUCAGCUCUGCGCAGAACAAGAGGAGAUGACAUUGAAGUUGAUAUUCAAAAGUAUUUGAACUCAAGGAAGAUGAUGAAAAAGGCAAUCCACAAGGCCUUGAAAGGAAUGGAACGAACAAGUUACGAGAAUGGCGAUGAGAGUUCGGAAAUUGUUCGUUUAUUAAACGACGCAGAACUUCUUGUCCUUCAUAGCAGGACAGAAGUUGUCAUCAAAGAUGAGCAGUUGGUCUUUGGUUUCCAAGUUGAUGCAUCCUAA